AUGGCUGAACUCGACGCGUUAUUUACAAACUGAUAACGUUCAAGUUUUCUAACCGAAUAAUAUCAUGUAAUAUAUAACGAAUUUAAUAAAUGAAAAUGAAAUAUUUAACAUGAAAUAAUGUUUCUACGAUUCAAAUUUUACUUUCGCGCAAUCCACUUACUUCCAAAUAUUAUUCAAAUACGAAAACGUUCGAAUUUUUAACCAUCCGUGUCGUAUUGCGGUAUUGAUUUGCUUAGUAAGGUGGUUUUCCAUUUUUUACCCUCGCGUGUGUACAUGUAUUUUAGUACAACCCCUAAACAGUAGUAGAAUAUUAUCAUUUUUCAAAUAAUCUGAUCAUCCGUCAUUGAUUAUAAUUUUUCAACGUUGUCAUUGUUCUGAACGUCGUCAGUGUUAUUGUUUUCAUUCGUCUGAGAAGAAAAAAACUUAGUUUCAUUCAAUUUUUUUAUACGCAAUCUGCAUUAAUCAAAAGCAAAAAACGUAUCGUAUUCCGCGCCGUAUCAUCAGAAUAUUUCGUUGACUAAAAAUAUCGAAGUCUUCAACGUCGGAAUUAAUAAAUUAAAGAAUUGAUCAAGUGCUCACAAUUUAGCAUGCAGAUCAAGAUAUAACCCACGAAUAUAAAAAUUUACAAUUCAAAACUUACACGAUACGCCAUGAAACUCGUCAAUUCAAAUUAAAUUAAUCGAGCCUUUUUAUUGAUAAAUUUAUUCCGAAAAAACUGAUCGAAGGAGAUUAAAACAAACGCAACAAAUUAAAAUAAAAAACAAACAAAUUUUGCUAAACUUUCAACUUAGUGUGUAUUAACAAUAAUUUUAAUAUUAAAAGUAAUAAUAAUAAUAUCAGUAAUAACGCAAGAUUCAUCGGUAAAUUUGAAUAAAUAUGUUAAGCACACUGCACUUGAAGAUAACGAAUACGAGUUACUCUUGAUUAUAAUCAUAAGCGUUAUAAUUCAAGGGUGCGACACAAUUCCUAAAGAUAUGUCUUCGAUAUCUGCACAAGGUGUUGUUGAAAGGGCGAGCGCUGAAUUGACGAAAAGAAUAAACGGCUUGGGGCUACGAGCUUCUAAGCAUCAUGGCGGAGGAAAAACCAGCGUCAUGGAACGCGUCACGAACGUAUUUUGUGGAGGGGGUGGUGGAACGAACACAAAUUUACAAACAUCGAACGCAAAUGCUACCCCUGAUAAACCUAGCAGGGGUAUGCCUACGCCUGGAAGUACCCCAGGAGGGGUUAAUAACAAGGGGCUGAUUAAUGGUACUGCGAAUAGGGGAAGAGCGCCUAGAAACAGGGCGAAAAAUGUCCCCUUAGCUAGCGGUGGUACUGGGGGGUAUGCGCCCCCGAACACAUGGGAACAGCUUGUACAGGACGAUCAUUUCCUUGGAAGAUUCUUCCUUUACUUCAAUGCCGGAGAAAGGAGAGUUUUAGCUCAGGUCUGUUCGAGAUGGAGGGAUGUUCUUUACGCCAGACCAAGACUAUGGGCAGGUCUAGUUCCUGUAAUUCGAUGUAGGGAAGCCAGAGUGAUGGCUUCCAGUUCUCGGACUCGUCUUUACGCAUCCUUAGUAAGAAGAGGAUUCCAUUCCUUAGUUCUCUUAGGCGCAGCGGACGAAGACGCUUUGGAACUCACGCACAGUUUUCCUUUGGCACAGAGACACGUUCAUUCUUUAUCUUUAAGAUGUUGCGCUGUAACGGAUAGAGGACUUGAAGCACUUUUGGAUCAUCUCCAGGCACUUUUUGAACUGGAAUUAGCCGGUUGUAAUGAGAUAACGGAAGCCGGUCUCUGGGCAUGUUUAACACCGAGAAUAGUUUCCUUGUCGCUCUCGGAUUGCAUAAAUGUUGCGGACGAAGCUGUUGGCGCUGUGGCUCAGCUUUUACCAAGUCUCUACGAAUUUUCACUUCAAGCUUAUCACGUUACCGAUGCUGCGCUCGGAUACUUUAGUCCCAAGCAAAGCGGAUCUCUCAGCAUUUUAAGACUGCAAUCUUGCUGGGAGUUGACCAAUCAUGGAGUUGUGAAUAUUGUACAUUCCUUGCCGAACCUCACAGUUCUGUCGCUUUCCGGAUGCAGUAAAGUUACGGACGAUGGUGUGGAACUAAUAGCCGAGAAUUUGCCAAGACUUCGUUCUUUGGACUUGAGUUGGUGUCCUAGGAUAACAGAUGCGUCUUUGGAAUGUAUCGCCUGUGAUUUAAACCACUUGGAGGAGCUGACAUUAGACAGAUGCGUUAACGUGACUGAUAUUGGUGUUGGGUAUAUAUCCACCAUGGGUUCUUUGAGUGCGUUAUUUUUGAGGUGGUGUUUGCAGCUGAGAGAUUUUGGACUACAGCAUUUGUGCAGCAUGAGAUCUUUGCAAGUGCUUUCUGUCGCAGGAUGUCCACUAUUAACUAGCAGUGGUUUGUCGAGCCUCAUCCAAUUGCGACAUCUUCACGAAUUAGAACUUACAAACUGCCCAGGGACUUCACGUGAGCUAUUUGACUAUUUGCGGGAGCACCUCCCGCGUUGCCUGAUUAUUGAAUGAACGCGAAUAAAUUAAUUUUUUCUGUAUACGUUGAUCUACAUAUAGAACAAAACUAAACGAAAUCGAAAAGAAAACAUAUAAAGUGAGUUCAGCUGGAAAUUCAUUCAAUGUUUACGUUCGAAUGUUAUACAUAAAUAUUAUAUACUUUAAUUUUAAUAUAAAUAUCAGUCAUUAUAAUUAUAUGAAUGUCGCAUAUUAAUCAUGGCACUCUAUUUAGAAAAAGAAAACAGUGAUUUUUAAGUGUCGGUAUUUCGACAAAAUUGAGGUACGAUAUAAUUAUCCGACUCAAAUGACUUCUCUCAAAGCAAUAUAUGUAAGAGUUUGAAUAUGGAUAAAGAGUGCUAAAUAUCUAACGAAAAGAAAACUAUGUUAUAGAAGAAAAUAAAGCAAAGUAGUCUUCUAGUAAAGAUCUACAAAUAAGAAUCUAACAAAAUAAUUAUUCCGAGACUAGCUUGCCCGUUUGAUAAAGCUUCUUAUUAUAAUUAACAGUUGCUAUAAUUUGUUAUUGAAAAGUCACGAAUGUGAAGUUUAAUGAUACUCAAAUUGUUGUAUCUUUUUAAACACAAUGAAAAUAAUGAAAAUAAAUAAAAGGCACAUCGCCAGUACGAUGGACGCUCGUACAGAGUGGCAAUUGGUUUAUAUAACUUUGCAGACAUCCAGCACUCUUUUUCUACACUCUUACAAAUUAUACUAAUUUAGGUGUCCCUUGGCAGUGCAAAAUCUAAAAUAUUGAUGCGAGGUUUAUCGCAUGAUCUUCAUCGGACGAUAUUCACUUCAGUACAUAAAUUUAUGUAACAUACAUAUUUGUUAUUGAUAUUCCUGAUCAAAUAAUUGCCUCGUGUAAGCCGUGUAUAUUAAGUGAAUAUUGCGGAAAUGAGAGACACAAACAGAUACUGUGAUAGAUGAUAUAAAAAAAAAACAAAUAAAUAAAUAACAAAAAAUGAAUCAAUAAAUAAAUAACAAUUCGAUUGAAAUUAUUGCGAUGCCAAGUUUUACCUGCUCUAAUAUAUAUUUAUCACAUAGAAAGGAUAUUAAAACCAAAGAUGCAUCACCUUAGAAAGCUAUCUAGCAGGCACAAUGUUGAAACAAGAGAAAUGAGAAAAAAAAUAAUUCAUUCCAAAAAACGCGUUAAUAAAUGCCCUUCAACCCAAAAAUUGGAAAUCAAGUCGUGAAAUUGAUUCUUAUGCAUAAAAAGUCAUCAAGUGUAGAAUUGUUUGUUACAAAGGAAGAAUGACCUUUUAUGCCUAAUAUACAACCAUAACGUUUACUCUCGUAAAUGCAUCUUUUAGUUCUAAGGUCUCCCAGCUCACUGUGUUGGGAAAAAAUCAACUUUUUAAUCAGCAUCGAUUACUUGAUAUAUUAUGUUGUCGAUGAAAACUGUUCAGUGUGAUAAAGAUUGUUAAUGAUAAUUUAACUCUCACAUAUACACACAUUAUUGAUUCAAUAAAUUGAAUGUUAAUUGUAAUAAACGGAACUUACGAACGGAGGAAAGUGCUCAGGCAAUAGUGAUACUAAAGUAACGGGUAAUACUCACAAGAGAACAAACUGCGAGAAAAUUUUUUCGUGUUAUAAAUUUAUUUUUAAGUGUUUUGUUGAACGUGGUGCAAAUGUUGAUUGCAUUAGUGGAUAGGUAAUGAUUAUUUUCACUAAAACUCUCCUAUGCGUGUAUAAAUAUACGUGUACUAAUAAGUUAAACGGAAUUUCUCAUUAUUGUCACGAUCCUCGAGUAAAACGACAAUUAAUGAGUGAAUAUUGUUUAAUUGAAGGGUUUCAUCCAUAAAGUGAGUGGAAGCAAUUUUGUGAAAAAAAUGAGACAUAAGUAAAUGUAGGAUAGGCAUUAGAAAAUUUAAUGUUUGCAUACUGAGAAUAUUUUUCGUGAGGGAAUACAGGAUUAGGAGGAAAAAUGGAACAUUGUAUAUACUAUACAAAAUAUUAUUAAAUUAGUGAUUUAUUCGAUAAACGGUAACAUUGUGUAUUGUGUUAAUUUUUAAUGUUUUGCUGAUAGGGUAACUAGACUAAGCAUUAAUAAAAAAUCUCAAAAUAAUAGAGUGCGAUAAUAAGUAAAAUAAAAGUAAUGUACAAAUCCUA